AUGGCACCCAGAGGGUCACGCUUCCCCAGACAAAGGCAAGUGUUAUUUCUCUUUCUGUUUGGGGGACUGUGUUUGGCAGAUUCUGAGUUUGGACGUUAUUCAGUGACUGAGGAAAUGGAAAGGGGAUCAUUCGUGGCGAAUCUGGCAAAGGAUCUGGGGCUGGGCGUGGAAGCUCUGGCUGCAAAGAGAACGAGGGUGGUUUCUGAUGAUAACAAACAGCACUUGCUCCUGGAUUCUCACACCGGAGAUUUGCUCACAAACGAGAAACUGGACCGGGAGAAGCUGUGUGGCUCCACAGAGCCCUGCAUGCUGUUUUUCCAAAUUUUGAUGGAUAAUCCCUUUCAGAUUUACCGGGCUGAGCUGAGGAUAGUGGAUAUAAAUGAUCACUCACCUGCAUUCCAGGACAAAGCCAUGAUUUUAAAAAUACCAGAAAACACAGCUGUUGGGGCAGCAUUUCGAUUACAAAGAGCACAAGACACAGAUGUGGGACAGAAUGGAAUCCGAAACUACACCAUCAGCCCCAACUCUUUUUUUCAUAUAACCAUUCGUGACAGCGAUGAAGGGAUGGUUUAUCCAGAGCUUGUGGUAGACAAAGCUCUGGAUUGGGAGGAGCAGCAGGAGUUCAGUUUAACACUCACAGCGUUUGAUGGCGGGUCUCCACCCAGGUCUGGGACAGCCAUUAUACAUGUUGUGGUCAUGGACAUCAAUGAUAAUGCCCCACACUUUUCCCAGGAACGUUAUCAAAGCCAGACUCCAGAAAACAGCCCAGUAGGACUUGUUGUCAUUCAAGUCUCUGCAGAAGAUGUAGACUCCGGAGUCAAUGCAGAAGUGUCCUACUCGUUCUUUGAUGCUUCCGAAGAUAUACGAGCCACCUUUCAAAUCAAUCCUUUCUCUGGAGAAAUCAUGCUCAGAGCCUUGCUUGAUUAUGAGUUGGUUAAGUCCUAUAAGUUAAAUAUACAGGCAGUUGAUGGUGGAGGCCUUUCAGCUAGAUGCACAGUUUUAGUUCAGGUUUUAGACAUCAAUGAUAACGCCCCUGAACUGAUCAUGUCGUCACUUGUCAACGAAGUUGUUGAGAACUCUCCUGAAACCGUGUUGGCAGUUUUUAGGAUUAAUGACAGAGACUCUGGGGAAAAUGGAAAGACAGUUUGUUACAUUCAAGAAAAUUUGCCUUUCCUUCUAAGACCCUCUGUAGACAAUUUUUACAUCCUAAUGACAGAAGGAGCACUGGACAGAGAGAGCAGAGCUGACUACAACAUCACCAUCACUGUCUCCGACAUGGGCACACCCAGGCUCACAACCCAGCACACUAUAACAGUACAGGUGUCCGACAUCAACGACAACGCCCCCGCCUUCACCCAAUCCUCCUACACCCUGUCUGUCCGCGAGAACAACAGCCCCGCCCUGCUCAUAGGCUCCAUCAGAGCCACAGACUCAGACUCAGGCUCCAACGCCCACAUCACCUACUCGCUGCUGCCGCCACAGGACCCGCAGCUGGACCUCGCCUCACUCAUCUCCAUUAACGCAGACAAUGGGCAGCUGUUCGCACUCAGGGCGCUGGACUAUGAGGUCAUGCAGAGCUUCGAGUUCCUCGUGGCUGCCAUAGACCAAGGCUCCCCUGCACUCAGCAGCCAGGCGCUGGUGCGCGUGCUGGUGCUGGACGACAAUGAUAAUGCGCCCUUCGUGCUCUACCCUCUGCAGAACGCCUCU